UCCGCCGGCGGCCAGGAUCCGGCGACCUUGCCUCCGCUUCCUCCUCCUCAUCUCUCUCACCUCCUCCCGCAAGUUGGAGCACCGAUAACCGUUUUGCGCCGGAGAGCCCCAGGCUGUGAGAUGCCAUCCACCGCGUCGCGCCCAAGGUGCUCGACGGAAUGACCCACCGGGGGGCGACCUCGCUCGGCAGGUCGCUUGCCGGAUUCCUGGCCCAGGAAGAUCCAGCCAAGGUCCUGCGCCUCUUCGCGGCCAAGGCCAGGGAGCACGGGGGUCUCGGGGCCGUCGACUUCGCGUGCGCACUGCGCGUGUGCAGGGGGAACGGCAAGUUCUGGUUGGUUGUUCCGGAGAUACACGCGAACGCUAUCACGCGUGGUCUUGGGAAAGAGAGGAUCGUUGGCAACCUUCUGAUUGAUCUGUACGCGAAGAAUGGGUUUGUGCUGCGUGCGAGGCGGGUAUUUGAUGAGCUCUCUGCCAGGGACAAUGUCUCGUGGGUGGCAAUGUUGUCAGGGUACGCCCAGAAUGGUCUUGAGGAAGAAGCUCUUCGGUUGUAUCGCCGGAUGCAUCAGUCUGGGAUUGUUCCUACACCUUAUGUUCUCUCUAGCAUCCUGAGUUCAUGCACUAAAGCGGAGCUUUUUGUGCCGGGACGGUUGAUUCAUGCCCAAGGUUACAAACAAGGAUUUUGCUCUGAAACCUUUGUAGGAAAUGCACUUAUCACACUGUACUUGCGCUGUGGAUCAUUCAUAUCUGCAGAGAGGGUAUUUUGCGAGAUGUCACACCGUGACACGGUAACGUUCAAUACGCUGAUCUCAGGACAUGCUCAGUGUGGAUGUGGGGAGCAUGCUUUGGAGGUAUUUGAUGAGAUGCGGCUGUCAGGGUUAAUCCCUGAUUAUGUGACCAUUGCUAGUCUGCUUGCCGCUUGCGCCUCCAUUGGUGAUCUUCAAAAGGGGAAACAGCUCCAUUCGUAUUUGUUGAAAGCAGGCAUGUCUUUGGAUUACAUAAUGGAAGGCUCACUCCUUGACCUCUAUGUGAAAUGUGGUGACCUUGAAACUGCCCUUGUGAUAUUCAAUUCAGGUGAUAGGACGAAUGUAGUACUGUGGAACUUGAUGCUUGUGGCAUUUGGGCAUAUCAAUGAUCUAGCAAAAUCUUUUGACCUCUUCUGUCAAAUGCAGGCUGCAGGUAUACGCCCUAACAAGUUCACAUACCCAUGCAUUUUAAGGACUUGCAGUUGCACUGGAGAAAUUGACCUUGGACAGCAAAUUCAUUCAUUGAGUGUAAAAACUGGCUUUGAGUCUGAUAUGUAUGUCAGUGGUGUAUUGAUAGAUAUGUAUUCCAAAUAUGGGUGGCUUGAAAGGGCAAGAUGUGUUCUUGACAUGCUUAAAGAGAAAGACGUCGUUUCUUGGACUUCCAUGAUUGCUGGAUAUGUGCAACAUGAGUAUUGUAAGGAGGCCGUUGCAGCUUUUAAAGAGAUGCAGAAAUUUGGAAUUUGGCCAGAUAACAUAGGAUUAGCAAGUGCUAUAAGUGGCUGUGCUGGAAUCAAAGCAAUGAAGCAAGCCUCGCAGAUUCAUGCUCGGGUUUAUGUAUCUGGUUAUUCAGCAGAUGUUUCGAUUUGGAAUGCAUUGGUAAACUUUUAUGCACGAUGUGGAAGAAGCAAAGAAGCUUUCUCUUUGUUCAAGGAAAUUGAACAUAAAGAUGAAAUAACAUGGAAUGGACUAGUAUCUGGUUUUGCACAAAGUGGUCUGCAUGAAGAAGCUCUCAAGGUAUUUAUGCGUAUGGACCAAUCUGAUGUCAAAUUCAAUGUGUUCACGUUUGUAUCAGCUCUUAGUGCUUCAGCUAACCUUGCAAAUAUAAAACAAGGAAAACAAAUACAUGCUAGAGUUAUUAAAACAGUUCAUACCUUUGAAACUGAAGUUGCAAAUGCUCUGAUUUCCUUGUAUGGGAAGUGCGGUAGCAUUGAGGAUGCCAAGAUGGAAUUUUCUGAAAUGCCCGAGAGAAAUGAGGUGUCGUGGAAUACUAUUAUUACAAGCUGCUCACAGCAUGGACGUGGCCUUGAGGCUUUGGAGCUAUUUGAUCAAAUGAAGAAAGAAGAUAUUAAACCAAAUGAUGUUACAUUCAUAGGUGUUUUAGCUGCUUGCAGUCAUGUGGGUUUGGUGGAGGAAGGCCUUAGUUACUUCAAAUCUAUGUCUCAUGAGCAUGGAAUUCGUGCAAGGCCUGAUCAUUAUGCUUGUGUUGUCGAUAUUCUUGGACGAGCUGGGCAACUUGACCGUGCAAAGAAAUUUAUUGAGGAAAUGCCAAUCACUGCUGAUGCAAUGGUUUGGAGAACCCUUCUCAGCGCAUGUAAAGUACACAAGAACAUAGAAGUAGGAGAGCUUGCAGCCAAGCGUCUCAUGGAAUUGGAGCCUCAUGAUUCUGCAUCAUAUGUUCUUCUCUCAAAUGCAUAUGCUGUUACUGGCAAGUGGGAAAAUAGGGAUCAGGUUAGAAAGAUAAUGAAAGACAGAGGAGUCAGAAAGGAACCAGGCCAGAGCUGGAUUGAAGUAAAGAAUGUGGUUCAUGCAUUCUUUGUUGGUGACCGAUUACAUCCCUUAGCUGAUCAAAUAUACAACUUUUUGGCUGCUAUAAAUGAUAGGGUAGCCAAAAUAGGAUACAAGCAAGAGAAGUAUCAUCUCUUCCACGAAAAAGAGCAAGAAGAUAAAGAUCCUAACGCUCUUGUCCAUAGCGAGAAGUUAGCCGUGGCUUUUGGGUUGAUGAGUUUGCCACCUUGUAUACCUCUUCGAGUAAUUAAAAAUCUUCGUGUCUGUAAUGAUUGCCACACUUGGAUGAAAUUCACCUCUGAAGUCAUGGGCAGAAAAAUUGUAUUACGAGAUGUCUACAGAUUUCACCAUUUUAACAAUGGAAGCUGUUCAUGCGGAGACUUCUGGUGAAUUCUGUAUAGGUGAUGUCCUGCAAGGCUGCAACUACAUCCACAAGGAUCCCAGUCCCAGUUGCACUCAUCACAAGACCAACUUCAGGCAGUUUAUGUGGGACAUGCACUCCUACUUUUAGUAUUCUGAUAUCCUUGGAUAUAAAAUUGGAAGAUAAUUGGCAUGAUAAGGGGAGCAAGAUAAGGCAACAGAACUACAUUUUUUCUCUCUCUCUCUCAGAUGCAAUAUUUUGAUCUGAAAUUCCUGUGUAUAUUAUGCAAGUGUUUUUCUACCAUUUUGGUGGAGACACUACCUCCCUUCAUCAGAAGGGAAUGAGUGGCCAAGUAUCAGUCAUUGGCAGGCCAAACAUAUCAAUCAAGAGGGUGGUCAGAUCAGUCGAUAGAAAUGCAUAUUACUCUCAUGGUGGAUUUUCUCUAAUAUCAACUUCAAUUUGGGAAUCGACAUAUGAGACAUUCAGAUGAAGAAUCCCAAGGAAAGGAGUGAGCAGAACAGAAGACAGGAGAACAACUGAAAACCCAUAUCAGUCAUCUGAAAUCCAGAGCACAUGGAAAAAUUUUCUUCUGCUUCUGCUGCUGCGGACAUGAUAGAGUUGAUGAACUCAGAGCAAGCAGUAGCUUAUCAACAGACAACAGGAGGACGAAAAGGUGACGUGGCAAACGGUCACUCGGUCGCAACGAACGGUCCGAAAUGGCGACACAGCAAAUUUUGCAUUUAUGCCAUUUCCGCGCAUACAGAGGGCGGAAAGGGCCUAAAUGCGAAAUUUGCCAUGCCGCCCGGAAAUUUUUCUAUUGAAACGAUAAUUUUUUGAUCGAACCGCGGUUAGAUACAUUUAUGUACAACAUAUGUAAUUAUUUAAUCAUAAUUACUAU